AUGAAAAGGUCUGGACGUCUGGUGAAAAAUGAGAACAUCGAUUCGAUACAAGAUUCAUCUAUGAUGCCACACAAUUUGAUCCACACGCCGAGAAACAAGAAUGACAAAUUCUGCUCUGGUAGUAGCCAAUUCAAAUUCAGAGGGGCUUUUUCUUCGAGGCUUGUCACACUUGAUACCAUUGAUAUAUUUACCACUCAUGAAUGGUUCUCCAGACCAACUGUGUUUUUCCGCUGCAGUGGAGAUAACCAGACAUAUUUGCCUGACGUGAAGGAGGCAAAUUUGAUAUAUACCUUUAAGGGUGGAGAAUCAUGGCAGCCCUUAACGGAACUUCCAGAAAAGAAGUGCAAGCGAUGUGGUUUGUACGAACAGGAUAUGUUUAGAAAUGAUGUGUUUGAUGAAUGGGAGCUGUGUUCUAGUGACUUCAAAGAUGGCAAGUACACACACUUCAAGGAAGGGCAGUUCAAUGCGACCUUCCUGUGCCCAAACUGUACUGUCUCUGUUGGUGAUGCUGCAGCCCAUCACUCUAGCUCAGAGGUGGAAGCCAAAAAGACAUCUGUUGCUGUUACCAUAAUAGUAAGCGUUCUCGCUUCCAUUAUCGUCGUCCUCGCCUUGUUCGGAGCCUACAAGUACUGGCUGAAAAAGAAGAGGGAGCGGGAUCAGUUACGAUUUCUCAAGCUCUUCGAGGAGGGAGACGACAUGGACGACGAGCUGGGCCUGAGCAAUGAACUCUAA